AUGUCUCCCACAUACACAAUGUCCGCACACCUGUGCCGCCAGUUCUACACAUCAUGGAACCAGUCUCGCCGUCAAACCGCCACGACAGAAGCAGCCAAGCCAGCCGCGCCCUCAGCUCCUUCGCCCAUCCUAUUUGCGUCGUCUCGCUCUCCCACGCCCGAGAAGAUUCCUGAGCGGAGAGGAAGCACCUCGUCAAACUCGUCAAGUUCAUCAUCCCUAUCGUCUUCGCCUUCGCGGCAUUGA